AUGAAGGUUCAUGAAGUCAACUCCACCAAGGUCACUGAGUUCCUUAUACUGGGAUUCCCGGCUCUGAAUUAUUACAAGUUGCCUUUCUUCUCCAUUAUUCUCCUCAUGUAUUCCAUGACUAUAGGUGAAAACCUCUUGAUCAUUUUACUGGUGUCCACAAGCCAACAUCUCCUUUCUCCAAUGUAUUUCUUCCUUGGACAUUUGGCGCUGUCAGACAUCGUCCUUGUGACAAUUAUUGUUCCUAAGAUGCUGGAUAUUAUUAUAAGAGGAGGGAGCACAGUUCCUUAUGUUGGGUGUUUAACUCAAUGUUUCUUCUAUGGAGGAUCAGUUUGUUCACAGUGUUCUUUGCUCACGGCCAUGUCCUAUGACCGUUACUUGGCCAUCUGUAGACCUUUACAUUAUAUCUCAAUAAUGAGUGUCAAGCUUAGAUACAGUCUAAUCAUCUCACCCUGGAUGCUUGGCUUUAUGAUGGCACUUAUUACAAUUGUACUUAUUUGUGGCUUAGAAUUCUGUGGACCGAAUGUAAUUAACCAUUUCUUUUGUGAAUUUGCACCUCUUUUAGAACUUUCUUGCUCCGAUACAACUGUUCUAAACAUCGAAAUGAUUGUUAUUUGUUUUCCAAUAGUUGCCUUGCCAUUUCUAUUCAUUAUUAUAACUUAUAUUUAUAUUUUUAUCACCAUUCAUAGGAUUUCCUCCAACUCUGGCCGACAAAAAGCUUUCUCUACUUGUAGCUCUCACUUGGUGGUCGUCUCUUUCUUUUACGGGUCCAUGUUCGUAAUCUACAUGGUCCCUUACAGAGGACAUUCGCUGACUGUUAACAAGUUUAUUUCCCUUCUCUACAUUGUACUGACUCCCCUUCUAAAUCCUAUUAUAUACAGUCUAAGGAACAAAGAGAUUCAGUCUUCUGCAAUGAAAUAUUUCCAGGACCAUGCUAAAAACUGGUUGUAA